GAUCAUUUCUUUUUCUCUUGCCUUUGCUUGCUUCAUUUUACUGUUCUGACUCUUAAAUUUUAAAAUGAGUGGUUUGACCCUUCAGUUGUUAGUCAUUUUGAGGCCUCUUAUGACUUGCAAAAUAAUGUAGGACAUAUGGUUUUAUUUGUUUUUAGGGAAUGACAGAGGAAGAGGAAGAGAAGCUUUUGGCUCUGAAAGACUUCAUGAUGAAAUCGAACAAAGCAAAGGCCAAUAUAGUGGAUCAGAGUCAUCUCCAUGACAGUAGUCAGAAAGGUGUAAUUGAUUUGGCAGCCUUAGGUAUAACUGGGAGACAAGUUGACCUUGUUAAAACCAAACAGGAACCAGAUGACAAGCGAGCUAGAAAACAUGGGAAACAAGACUCAAAUGUCAGUGAAGAGUGGAAAAGCAUGUUUGGCUCUCUGGAGCCACCGAGCAUGCAGCAGGCCCUGCCUAAAGGGAGUGAUCAGGAGGUGAUGCCGGCUGGGAAGCCGCCUCGUUCCGAGUCCUCCGCUGCUAUCUGCGUCCCUUUGUCGACUUCUCCGCAGGUUCCAGAAGUGACAAAUGUCCAAAAUAGAAAACCAACAGUACAGGUUUUCAGUAGCACAAUUUUACCGUCCACUUCCCAGAUCCGGAUCACAACGUGUAAAGCUGAGCUUCAGCGGCUCAUACAGCAGAAACGGGAGCAGUGCAGUGCCGAGAGGAUAGCUAAGCAGAUGAUGGGAAACGCCGAGUGGGAGAGUAAACCCCCACCACCUGGAGUCCACGGAUCAGACCUCAGCCAAGAAGAGGCCCCACCACUCUGCCCCUGUGUGCCCUUGUGUACAGAAAGGGCCGUACCCUGGCCCUGCUCUGACCCCCUAGGUUUGCUGUAGGGCCAGAUGCACCUAGAGGGCCUGCUCCAAGCUGAGAUCAGCAGUUUCCACCUCCCCCAAGGCCUCUGUAGGGGAUUAGCUCCCUCUCUGUUUCAGAGCAUUUAGGGAGAAGUGUUUCCUAGAUCCUGGCUGGCUUCCCCUCCCCCAGCUUAGCUGAUCAGCCCUGGACUAAGAUCCAUAGAACACCAGCCGACCAUCUUCCCCUUCCCUGAGCUCCUGGGAGACUGGGAGGAAGGGAAUCCCGACGUCCAGACAAAGAAGGAACCAGCAAACGGCCAUCCCCCAGUCCAGGGCUCGGAGGGUGAGCUGAAGGGCGUCCCUGACGAUGCUGACUGCAGUGUGUCUCUAGCACGUCCAGAAGAGGAGCAGCAAGCGACAGCAACACACACGAGAGGAGAUGAGCAGAGGAGGGAAGAGCUCCCAGGACGAAUCUCAAGUCUUCACACUGUAGAAGCGUCCCUGGGGUGUGAAAAUUCACAGCUGGAAAGAGAGAUUCAGCAAAGCCUGCCUGAUUUUCAUGACAGGCAUGUGAUGCAACUUUACAGAAGACUGUUGAAGAAAGAAUCGCGCUGCUUGGAGUCCAAGAAGAAACUGCUCAGCAUCUGUAGAGAGCUGAAAUCCGUGUGUCAGAUCCACAACCUCUCCAAGAAGAGAGCUGGAGACCUGAGCGAAGCAUUGGAGACAACCGCUGCCUGCCAUCGCCAGGAGGUGCGCCUCUGUGAGGAAAGAGCUCAGGAAAGCUGGGUGGCGGUCGUGCGGAUGGAGAGAGCGCUCAGCGAGCUGACCCGAGAGAAUGCUGCCUCAGGCAGCUGCUGGCCCAGGUCGAGUUCAACUCCCAGCUCUCCCCGAGGGGCCUUCAUGUUCCCGCUGCUCCACCCACAGCCCACAGGGGCCCACAGGGGUCAGGGGAGCCCCUGGGUCACGAGGCACCCCCGGCGAGGGGGAGGGUCCAGUCCUGAGGACGCAGGGGCCCAAGGUCACCUGCAGGUCAACUCAGCUCAGCGCAGCCGGGUCCCGACACUCACGACCAGGACACAACAUCAGCUUGUGUUUUUCCUGUUUCAAGUAGGACACAACAUCAGCCUGUGUUUUUCCUGUUUCAAGUAGGACACAACAUCAGCCUCUGUUUUCCCUGUUUUAAGUUGUCUCUGUUUUUCUCUUUAAUUUUAGCUACUGUAACUUAAUCCAUUGUUUUUCUCAAGUAGAUAAAGCAUUAUAGUUUGUAA